AUAUAAACGAAAACAAGCCAUUUAAGACUACUUUAACGAGGCGAGAUACCUCUUUCCACAAGAUAUCGAAACAAAAGCAGAAACACCCGAGACAAGCACGACACUUACAUUAUCCUUCCUUCCACUCUUAUCAUCCGUUACCUGCUUUACUUCCAAUAAGUAUAUUCUCGCGUUCGCUUAAAAAAGAAAAGAAAAAAAGAAAAAAGAAAAAAGAAAAAAAGAAAAAGAAAAAAGAAACGCGAUAUAUUUCAAUAAUCUAAUGCGCCGGGUGGAAAUUCUUAUCUCGGAGCGAAAAAAGACCAAGGUGAGUUGAUCCGAAGGGAAAUGCGAAAUAAUAUUGGACUGGAAAGAAGAUUGAAAGGAGAAAGAAAGUGAGCUCGAGAGACAGAAGAGCAGCGGGCAAAGCGAGAGACAAAGCGAGGAGGAGGAAAAAGAAGGGAGGAAGAGAAAGACACGUGUACACGCGCGCACACACUCGCGCGGGCACGGACAAAGAUAGAGCGAGCGAGAGAGAGAGAGAGGGACGGAAAGGCUUGUAUUCGCCACUGGCAGGACCCUUUCCAAAGUUAAUGAUUCGAUCAUUGCGAUGGGUGGUAGCAGGGUGGUGGGAACGAAUGGCGUGGGUCGAAGUAGUAGGAGAAGUGCCAGAGAAGUACAGGAGAGGAUCGGUCCGCGCAAGAAAGUAAGCCCGAUCUCAGUUCGAACGGUUCGCCGAGAUCGGUUCGCUACGUCUUCUUCGGUUUUACCGGUUCGGUGCGCGGCUCGACGUCCUUCCGCUUAAUUUAUCAGCUAACGAACGAGGCGACGUCCUUUUAAAAGAGGGAUAAUGCCGAAGCACAGAAUCUGCACGAUGCCUCGUCUCACGUACAGAAAUCGUUUGACACCCCUGAUGCCCGUGGCUGGUCACUCGAGUCCCGGUGUGAAGUUGUCCGUUGAGUUUAGGUUACCGACUAUUCUCAAACAAUGGUGGCUUUGGUGGUUGCUUGUACCAGGAUGUUUUGCAUCUUGGACCAAAUACAUCGAGGAGUACGAUUCUAUCAAUAUUGCCAGAUGUGAUAUCCAUUGUGGUGGUAAUUACCCUGAUAAAUGUAUGGAAAAUUGCUUGGAAUCCAAUUAUACAAAACCUGGUUACUGUCCUGAUAAAGCAUCCAUGACACCCUUCGAAGCUGUUUGUUUAAUAGCUUGCGUAGAUGACUCUCGUUGUCCAGAUUUAACAAAAUGUUGCAGGCAUGAUUGCGGUGUCACGUGUAUGCAUCCCAUCGGUUUGAACAAUGUAACUGAUUUACCUCUAAUUCCUGAAAAUAUACAAAUCAGACAACAGAAAAACAAUUUAAUUCUAUUGUCUUGGCAAAAUUCGAAUACCCAACGAACGAAUGAUUCCGUCGAGAACGAAGAUGUAAGAUAUUUAGUGGAAGAACGACAUUUACUUGGGCCCAGGUAUAUAGAAUCUAGAUUAAGUUCUUGGAUGGUUCGUCAGAUAUCGACGAAAUCGCACGUAACGAUACGAGAACGAUUAAAAACGGGACACUGGUAUCAAUUUCGCGUAGCAGUUAUUAAUGGGAAUGGUUCUCGAGGAUAUUCUCAACCAUCCAGACCGUUCAAAACGAGAGAACCACGGAAUCCAAAAGAGCCACAAAAUUUAACUUUAUCCAACGCACGAUUGAUAGAUGGAAAAUUACGUAUAACCCUGAGAUGGAUUAAACCAGCUUCAGAUGUGCCAAUUACGUUUUACAAAGUGUUCUGGAGCCGUCUCGUCCAUGGCCCCACUAAUGAUUCUAUUCUUGUUUAUCACAAAACAAUUCUCAAAGACAAAACUUGCUACGAGCUGAAAGAUUUGGAGGUGAGGUGUCAGUAUUUCCUCCAGGUACAAGCUGUCGCGCUGUACGGUGGCCGCCGAUUAGUUUCGCGAAAGGCUUCGAAAGUUUUCAAUAGCACCGAUUAUAUGAUAUACGCCGAUAUGGGGAGACGAUCUCGCAGAUGCGAGCGAUACCAUGGCGAUCUCCAUCUACGGCGAAUGACUUGUCACUGCGGAGAGGUCAAGGCACGUUGUUGGCCGAUGAACCACGAUGUAAAGGCCUACAACGUCUCCUGGAGGGAGGCAUCCUGCUCGACACCGCAGGAAAAACUCGUAUCCCAUCGAAAGAAGUCUUGGUGGAAAGUUGUUCAGACAUCGCACCUUGAAAUAAAACAUCUUCAAAGUGAAUGCACGUACAACGUGAACGUACGAAACAUAUUCAACGAGAUAAGUAGUAAGGACGAAAAUGGUGUCAGUAUAGAAUUUUUCACUACCGGUUGUUUGGGCGAGUCGGAAGAAGACAAGGAUAACAAUUUUUCACACGGUAGAACGACACAAUGUAAAACUAAUAAUAAAUUGUCAAAAAGGAAACGACAUUAUGCUACUUAUUUCUGAUUGAUAAAUUUAGAUUAUGUCGUAAAGUAUAUGAUUGCCAUCUUACACGUUCAAAUGUACGAAUGAAAAGUUAGUUUUAAUACUUAAAGCCAUAUAUUCGUAUCGCUAAUUCAUCAUGAUAAACAAGAUUUUUAUUCUAUAAUAUAUCAUCGUUGAUAAUAAAUUAACUAUAUUAUG